AUGGGCGGCGCCGACAGACAAGGCGGAAAGGCCAAGCCUCUCAAGGCGGCCAAGAAGGCGAACAAGGAGCUCGACGAAGACGAUUUGGCCUUCCAAGAGAAGAAAAGGGCCGAGGAGAAGGCGAGAAAGGAAAUGGCCGCAAAGGCCGGCGGCAAGGGCCCUCUUACGGCACAGAACACGGACUCCCACAACAUCCAUUACAUCUUCGAGAUGACGGUCAACACCGGCGAAGCCAAUGUGCGCCGGCGCCGGCAUGAUUCUCCAAGCUCUAGCGACUCCAACACCCUCCUGGACAAAGUCAAGAAUGUGGAAGGCAAGAUAGAAGACACGGUGCUCUGGGCUUGGGAUGAGCUUCCCGACUGGCGCAAAGACAACGCCUUCAUCCACACCGGCUACCGGCCCACCAGCAACAGCUACCUCUUGUCCUUUGGCAGCAUCUUCUCUAUCCACAACGAAACCGUCAACGUCUGGACGCAUCUCCUCGGCGCCAUAAUCUUCUCAGCCCUAGGCGCCGUCGCCUACUCGUUCUACGAGGCCAUCAUCGCGCCGCGCUAUGCCACCGCCACCUGGGAGGACUGGCUGGUCUUUGGGUGUUUCUUCGCGGGCGCCUUCUUGUGUCUCGGGAUGAGCGCGACCUACCACGCCAUCUGCAACCACUCGCCCGACGUGGCCAAGUGGGGCAACAAGCUCGACUACACGGGCAUCGUGUGCCUCAUUAUGGGGAGCUACAUGCCCGCCAUGUACUACGGCUUCUACUGCUUGCCCAGGUUGCUGGAGGUCUACCUCGCUCUGAUCUGGGCACUUGGCCUGGGAUGUCUCACCGUCUCUUGGUUCGAGCACUUCCGCACACCAGAGUGGCGACCAUACCGCGCGUUGAUGUUUGUGGGCUUGGGCGUCUCCGGCGUGUUUCCUGUUAUCCACGGCCUGAGGAUAUACGGCUACAAAGAGCUCAAUGAGCGCAUGGGGCUUUCCUGGGUCCUCCUACAGGGCCUGCUGUAUAUUUCAGGAGCCUUCCUUUACGCUCUGCGAUGGCCGGAGCGGAGCUGGCCAAAGACCUUUGAUAUAUGGGGCUCUUCACAUCAGAUCUUCCACAUUCUCAUCGUGUUUGCUGCUGCGUCACAUCUCUACGGAAUGACCAAGGCCUUCGAUUAUCAUCAUGGACCGUUCGGAGCGAGGUGUUAG